AUGCAACGCGAUAUUGCGACCAUUAUACAUAAUCAACUUAAUACUUUAAUGUAUUCUCCACCCUUGGUUUCUCGAUAUUCGUUACUAGAAACGCAAACUGAUCAAUAUGCAGCAUUCAAUAUAUUAACUUCAGCAUGGAAACGUGUAGGUGAACAUGAACCAAAUGAUCCUGACCCCAUCAUUUCAACUGCUGUUGACUAUAUUAAUGGUCAAGAAUGGGAUGCAGUAGAUAAUGAUCGUAAUAUUCGCCAACAUACAAAUCUACCUGCAACUUUAAUUUUGCAAAAAGGUGCUCGUGUCAUGUAUCUUGAUAAUGACUUAUUUGAGAAUGGUCUUUAUAAUGGAUCUAUUGGAAUCGUCAUCGAAUUAAUCAAUGAAGACACCGUCAAUGUCGUAUUUCCUGCACCACUAAGAAUGAUUACUGCAACUAUGUCAGAUUUAAAUAAAUCCCGUGAUCUAAUACCCGAUAUUAUACUCACUGACAAGUCAACUUAA